AUGGCUACUCCAGCUCUAGUUCCUGCCCCGGCUUUGCCACCGGAUUUAUCUUUCAGUGUCCCCAACCCUGCCAAAUUUUCUGCAUCCCCGAAGCAGGAGUUGAGACGAUACGUGGCAUGGCUGCUGAGGGAGGCCGAGGUACCUGCUUUUCUUUGGGGGCCUGAGGUAACGCGGAUAUACGGAAGCAAUACCGAUUUUGAAUACAGCAUGUGGGCAGUGAAAGAUGAGGCCAUGAAGAAGGCCGUGCAAGUGCUCAACGAGGCCGGAUUACGACCCUGCAAAAAAGGCCGUCGUUGCGCGAAGCACAGGAGCCUUCCAUUUCCCGACCAACAUUACCACAAGGUCCUCAAACAUUUUAAUACCCAUGUCAGUCACGGCCCUGAUGACCGAUACUAUAUGCUCAGUUCAGACAAGCGGCUCCCAGACUGGAGCUAUAGCUGUGUACAAGUACAACGCAUGUCCAAGGAUGGGUAUCCCGUUAUCAUUCCUACUCCUGCCCGGUACCUAGAAGCCGUCUGCCUGCAGUCAGUCCGUCACUACGAAGUGCAGGAUGGGAGUGACUUUUGGAACGAGGAGAGAUACGCCAUGAUACAUAUCUUGGAAGAUCGUUUUACUGAUACAUUGAAACUGGAUGACCUUGAUGAGCCAUGGCAUGAAUAUGGCAAACUAAAUAUUGACCGCGGUUAUGGUGAUCGCGCAGGUGACUAUGGUGGCCAGAAAUACAGGCUCUUCCUCUAUCUGGACAUGAAGAAGAAAGGUCAACUUCCACCACCCGAAACAAAGGCAAGAAAUAGAUGGUUAAGACCAAUCCCGGACCUUGUAAGGGAAUGGGGCCUGCCCCUGGAUUUACUAGACUGAUGGUUACCUUGACGCACAAGUCCUUUUUUUUUUUUUUUUUUUUUCUCAGUGAUAUUGACAGACGUGGCUUGCUUUGCCAUUCAUCGGGUACCUCUCGGAUUUUCUCUCCUCUACAUCAUUACGCUCAUUACAAGU